AUGAUCAAGAGAUUGAAACACCGCAACCUUGCACAAGACCUAUGGAUUUGGCACGCAUUCUUUGGGGUAGCGGGUUCAAACAACGAUAUCAAUGUGUUGAACCAAUCUGAUGUCUUCAACAAUGUUAUGCAGGGGCGAGCUCCUGAGGUCCAUUUUUCAGUUAAUCGUACAGAAUACAACAUGGGGUAUUAUCUAUCAGAUGGCAUUUAUCCUGAAUGGGCAACAUUUGUGAAAAGCAUCCCAAUGCCACAAGGGGAUAAGAGAAAAUUAUUUGCCCAACACCAAGAAGGUGCUCGAAAGGAUAUCGAACGAGCGUUUGGAGUUCUCCAAUCCCGAUUUGCGAUCAUACGUAACCCAGCUCGAUCUUGGCACUUGGAUGCACUUAAACGUAUAAUGGGUAGGUGCAUCAUAUUACACAACAUGAUUGUUGAAGAUAAACGUGCAACAUAUGGUGGAACCUUUGAUUAUUCUUAUGAUCAUCUAGGCAAUGGCCCGACUGCACCACCAGAUGAUUCUAAUAAUGAUUUUCAAGAGUUCUUGCGUAGAAGACACAAUGUUCGCGAUAAGCAAAUUCAUCGACAACUUCAACAAGACUUAAUAGAACAUAUAUGGAAACAUUUUGGGCAUGAGAAUAUUCACAUCUAG